GCCUUUUAAUUUCUAAUCUCGACCGCCCAAAGCAGUACGCGAAACGGCAAUCAAGCAUAUCUCACAAGCAUAUAACCAUUCAAGUGGCCGGUGUCAGCGCACACACACAUGCACAUCGAUGCGCAUGAUUAAAAAGGAUUAGUCGCGAAAAAGAGCGGCGUUGUGCAUUGUAGUUAUAUGUAGUACUACGGGUGAGCACGCGAGCAUAGUAUAUAGUACGCCCGGUAGCGGUAGAAAGUGUGUGCCGCGAAAGCCCCCGCAGCGAGAGCGAAUCGCAACGGCGUCAUUUCCACAUCCCUCUUCAUUGUCAGCUGCUUGAUAUAAUAAUGUACUCGUGAUAAAAAUGCAAGUAGGCGGUGGAUCAUGAAUUUCUUGAACGCGAUUGCUGUUGGCGCAGUAGCCGGCAGCGAUUCUGCUCUACAGCUCAACAACGUCGAGGUCAUCUACUCAAAAGUGCAGCGAGUCUACGUCAAACCACAACAUAAGGAGGAGCGACAGAAAGAUCUUCGUGUUAACGUCGAGAUUCACGCUGGACUUAGUCCUGUUUGUCGCAAGGCACUAUGUGUUCUUUUGGCAGAUGAUGAUGAUCCCUGCUUUUUAUACUCGCUGUUCAUCACAGAUGAUGACUUUAAAGUACUGAAGGCACAGCAAGGUCUUUUAGUGGAUUUUGAUAAUUUUGCCACACAGCUAAUAUGUUUACUAGAACAGUGUCAGGUUCCAGCCACAAGUCUGUCCAAGUCACCAAAGUUUUUGCUGCUUCUGGCAGAAGAAGCAGGAGACUGGAGUUUCAAGCUUGUGGAGACUAAUAAUUUUAAGCACCUAUGUCAUUUGAGCUUAAAUAUAGCACCAUCGAAUGACUCAGAUUUGAAAACUCAUAUGGCUAUGAAGAUAAAGAGCUUGAAGGAAACUAUUGUACAAAAAGAAAGGGACAUGACCAAUCUUGAAGCAAGAUUGGCUGAAUUGGCAAAUAAAUUAGAAGCAAAGUGCAAAGAAUCAGAGCAGUAUGAACAAAAUUAUAUUACCGAAAGGACCCAAUUACAAAUGAAUUUAUCUCAACAAGUUGCCUUAGAGAAAGAUAGACUGGCUCAAGCAAGACUGGAGUGGCAGAACCAAACUGAAAAGCAAAAAAUGGAGUUGGAAUACAGACAUAGCGAGACAAUAAAGCAAUUGCAUACUGAAAUAGCUGAGCUUAAGGCACAGAAUAUUAGUUAUAAAGAGAAACAGUCACUCAUUGAAGCCACGAACAAAGAACAAUUGAAGAGACUUCAAGAAGUUGAAAAAGAACUGAAUAUAAUGCAAAGGGACUAUGCUGCAAUAAAGAAGCACAAUUCUAAACUUGAAGCUGAUUUUCAGGAGAAGGAAAAGUCAGUGAAUAUUCUUUCCACAAAAGUAGCAGUACUGGAACAGGAAUUAAAAGAUAAGACAAUAUUAAUAAGUAAACAUACCGAAAUGAUUAAGAAUUCAAAGGACAGUAAACAAAGACUGGAAGAACUACUAGCAGAAAGGGAUUCACAGUUACAAAGGAAACAGGCAUCUCUUAAGAAUCUCAGUGAUGAGCUUGUGAAGGCAAAUGAAAUUCUAGGUAAAUUACAGAAUGAAUUAACUUCAACUAAAUCCAAAUUAAAACUAAGAACAAGCAUAGCUAUUGAACAAGAAAGACUUCUAGACAACAAACAGAAAGAAUUUGGCCAAUUGGAAAACAAAAUGGAAUCGUACACCAAAGAGAAUUGUGAGGCUAAAGCUCAGCUUGAUAAUCUCAAAGAAGAAAUCAAAGUCUUAAAGAACCAGUUAGAAGAGAAGGAAAAAACAAUCAAGAACAAUGAUAAUGUUAUAAGUUGGCUUAACAGACGGUUAGUAGAGCAAUCACCGCUUACAAGUGCCACAACAACUGCUCCGAUGGCUGUGUCACAGCCAAUACAGCUAACAUUACCAAGAACCAGUAAGUUUAUAUCAAACAGGUUUGAAACGCGAACUCCAGCAACAAGUACAUCCAAUCAAUCCAUUUUAUUGACUGGUCUACCACUGAAGAAUUCAAUUGCUCAGAAUCCCAACAUCAAUCUCACUGCUAGGAGUACUGCAAGAUCAACAGGUGUUGGCAACUCUGACAAUUCGACUGGAGUCAAUUUCAAAACUGGACAGAUCUCUAGCACAAGUACACCCCUGGAACGUGCCAAUUCGCAGAGUAAGAUAAUAAAUAAUGCUAAUUCAGUGCCAGCAAUUAUUGAGAACAACAAUAUGCCAGCUCCUAUGAUCAAUGGUAAUAAACUUAAGGGCACAAAUACUACUUUGCAAGGUGGUCUGAGAAGGGCAUAUGACAAACCACUUCUGCCAUCUGCUUAUUUUCCUAAGACUUUGCACAAUCAAUGAAAAAUGAGAAACAAGGUUUAUCUUAAAAUUUAAAGAAUUUCUAUUUUUAUGAUAUUGAUUGAAGAACUGUUCUGACUGUAAUAUUAAUUUUAAAGUACUAUUUGGGAUUGACCUAUCAAAUUAAUUAUACAUUUAUAUUCUUUGAGUUUAGAAUUAUUAUUAACAGACAGAAAUUGCCAAUUUACAAUUAAUUCUUGUUCUCUUUAUAGUUUGACGAAUUUCUGUAUUCAUAGAAAAAUCGCAGUAUCUUCAUUGUGUUGAAAUUAAUGUUACAUUCAAGACUAUUUUUUUGUGAUUUAAUUUUUAUAAUGAAAUUUGACUGAAUAAUUUUGCAAAAACUAAAUCGUCUCUUAAAGUUUCGUAAGAUAAUAUAAAAAGUUUAUUUUGUAUUAUUAGGCGCACUUAUUUUUAUUAGAGUAUUUAUUGAAAGUUAGGAACAAAUAAUUUUAAUGCCUUGUAAUUGAAACUAUUUAUUUCAAUUAAAGUGAAUCUGUUUUAAAACUAAUUAAAAUUAUCGAGGAAAAGCUACAAAUAUAAACAAGGAUUUGUUUGUGACUGCAUGCACAUAGAAAUUUUCUUGUUGAACAAAUUACAAAGUACAAAUAAUAUUCAACAAUUACCUAGAAAGAAUCUUAAAUUAGUAUAAAAAAUAUACAUUUAUCUGACGAUUUGCCACUUAUCUUGUUGAGAAACUUAGUACACAAAAGUAAUGAUAUUGUAUAAACUUGUGUAGUUUUUUUAUAAUUAUUUUUAUACAUAUAUGUACUUUGAAUUGUAAAUUAAAUGAAGUUUUAUAUGAGAUUAAAUAAAACAAUAUCCAUGUAUUCAUUGAAAAUGAAGGCAUUUAGACAUCACACUUGGCAUAAUUGUAGAUGUAAAAGAUUUUUAUCUUACCGUUGAAUAUGUGGAUUAUGUACCUGGAUCUUUCUAAAUGACCAAGAAUAUAUCAAACAAAAUGAUGACUUUCUAUUAU